AUGUUCUAUCUGGAUCUCACUGUUUGACAUCUUCCAUUCAUUGCAGCUUUCAUUCUACAGAAGCAAAGCGUUUAUAUUCUGACAAUAGUUUUGCCUCGGAAAAAUUGCAAGAAUUGCAUUCUGGGUGUUUGAUCCGAAGUUUUUUCCAUUGAAUCUUUUUUGGGCGAGGCAUUGGCCAUGUCAGCUUGAAUAUCUCAUUGAAAUCUCAUUGUCGAAACCGAUCUCAGGAUGUUUUUAUAUCAAUUAAAAUGUUUGAUUUUUCUGGUGCUAGUCGUGUUAGGUGCUAGUUCAGCAGUGGACGGUUCUCGGGUGUUGGAACUAAGCGACCGCUUUCUGGAUGUCCGAAACGAGGGCCAGUGGUUUGUGAUGUUCUAUGCUCCUUGGUGCGCCCACUGCAAGAAACUGGAACCGGUGUGGGCUCACGUCGCGCAAGCUCUCUUCAAUACGAAUAUCCGAGUUGGGAGGGUGGAUUGCACUCGGUUCACUGCCGUGGCCCAGGCCUUCAAAGUCAAUGCCUAUCCAACGAUUUUAUUCAUAAAAGGUCCUUACGAUUACGCCUAUAACGGUGAUCGAACAAAAGAUGAACUGAUACACUUCGUGAAUAGAUUAUCUGGACCACCAGUUCAGCAGGUCACCCGACCGGACAGUAUCGACAUUCUGAAAUCCAACAAUCCCAUAUUCUUCACCUAUGUCGGCAAACAAGAUGGAAUUCUAUGGGAUAUUUUCUACAGUGCAGCGGAAGUCUAUCAACCGCAUAGUUAUUUCUACGCAACUUCAGUGGAGAUAGCCAAGAGACAUUUCGACAUCGAUACCGUACCAGCGGCCUUAGUCUACAAAGAACGAAGUCACUUCUACUUCCCAUACUCGGACAACUUCGAGUUGAUCGAACCUGUUCACCUGAACGAAUCCCUGUUCAGAUGGGUCAAUGAAGAGCGG